UCAUGCUGCUGCCAGGUCCAGAGUGUCUCAUGGGUCCCUGUACGGCCUCCCAUUGCUGCUGUCUCCAUCGCCACACUCUGCCAUGUGCCACUUUCAGGUCUCCUCACACUGCUGGUGGGUUCCAUUUUGUCAUAGGGUGCUGGCAGAUUACGGGCCUCCCAUUGCUGCUGCCAGGCCCGUAAUCUGCCAUGGGCCCCCGUACCGCCUCCUCAUGCUGCUGCCAGGUCCAGAGUCUCUCAUGGGUCCCUGUACGGCCUCCCAUUGCUGCUGUCUCCAUCACCACACUCUGCCAUGUGCCACUUUCAGGUCUCCUCACACUGCUGGUGUGUUCCAUUUUUUG